CCCUGAUGGGCGUAAAACAAUCCGCCAUCUUGUACCGAUGACAAUUUAGGAUUUUAAUAGUUUGAAACCAGUAUAAAUCCAAUUAAUCUUUACCUAAAAGUGAUAUUCCAGAAACUGUGCAGUGUUGAUAAAAACUGUGAUAUUUGUGUCUCCUGUUAUUUUUGUUUACGUUUCAUCUUGACGUUUUAUAGUUGACCGAUUUUGACGUCGAUUAGAAGAAGAGCUCUAGUUAAAUCAAAAUGGGCACAAGAGAGGACGAAUACGAUUAUUUGUUUAAAGUUGUGCUAAUAGGUGAUUCUGGAGUCGGUAAAAGCAGUCUCCUGUCACGUUUCACUAGAAAUGAAUUUAACUUAGAGUCUAAAUCCACAAUAGGUGUGGAAUUUGCAACAAGAAGUAUAGAGGUGGACGGCAAAACUAUAAAAGCCCAGAUAUGGGACACUGCGGGCCAGGAGCGGUACCGCGCCAUCACGUCGGCGUACUACCGCGGCGCGGUGGGCGCGCUGCUCGUGUACGACAUCGCCAAGCAUCUGUCAUACGAGAACGUGGAGCGGUGGCUGCGCGAGCUGCGCGACCACGCCGACCAGAACAUACUUAUCAUGCUUGUCGGGAACAAGAGUGAUCUUAGGCAUCUUAGAUCUAUCUCAACAGAAGAAGCCAAGGCAUUCGCGGAAAGGAACGGUCUUAGUUUUAUUGAAACAUCCGCUCUCGACUCCACUAAUGUCGAGCCUGCAUUCCAGAACAUUUUAACUGAAAUCUACAGGAUCGUAUCUCAGAAGCAGAUGCGCGACCCGCCGGAGGGCGACGUGAUCCGGCCCGACGCGGAGCCGGCGGACGUGCGGACCUCGCACAGCGACAACGUGCGCAAGCAGUGCUGCCAGUAGUCACUCAUACAUUGUCCAGUUUUCGUCGGAGCCGGAGAGAGAGAUGCGGCUGGAAAUAUAAAUGCAAUCAUUACGAAUCAUUCCCAGACAAUGGUGUUUACCAACAUAAUAACUAGGUUGCCAGUACGAAAUAUAGUCCUACACAGAGAUGAAAUCUUAUUAUACAUGAAGUUUGCCAUACGUUGACUAUGGCCACGACGUACUUGAGUCUGGUAACACUAACACAAAACGGUUAAGAGUGGCUCAUGUAGAUAGCUUUGUGUAAUUAUUGAUAUUUAGUGUCCGAACGAAUAAAGAUUAAAAAAAUAUAUAAUAAUUAUCGUUACGUGAAGAGACGAUUCAAUAUAACACAAUUUAGUAAAGGAAACAUGCUUCGGUUAUAGAAAGCACCCGAGUUUAUUAAUUUUGGCGCUAGACACACUAUACCUGUGUAAUUUAUACCUGAAUUUAACUUUUUUUAUUUAGGGGUAAACCAUAUUUUCGUUAGUAGAUAAUUCAUGUUAUAUGCUAUUUAUUUAGUGAAAUAAAUAAUGAUGAGAAGUUAACUAAAACCCGUUAUAAUUUAUAUAUUUUCUUCCAUAGUAUUAGGCGUAAAUUCCUUAUAGAUGAAAAUGAGCAAUAAUUGGACUGGUAAACGGAAUUCGCGUAAAAGUUCACUGUUUGA